ACUCCCAUCCCUAACCCUGUGCAACAACAAAAUUCCAACGCAGCUAACGAAUUGCAAAAAAGUUCUAAAAUUAUCGUUAAAGUGUGCAACAAAAGCAAAAACGCGUUGUUUUUUAAAUCGUUUUUCGCAGUACGGUGUGGCCAAUAAGUGGGCUUAUCUUUUCUGUUUGUGUGCGUUGAACACACACCAAACCAUUGCGUUUUUCGCGUCCCUUUCCCUCCCCUUUUCUUCCUCUUCCAUAACUGUGUCAAAUCAACAACAACUAAAUGCACAAAUUGAUAAGCAAUUUGAUUCAAUUUAAUCUCGUUUAAAUCAACUCAAAACCAGUGCAAGCGGCAACCGAAAAUAAAUUAAAAAUACUAAAUUUGUAAUCCAUAUAAAUAGAAUACCCUUGAGUGGAUUUGUGUGCGCCUAAUUAAUUCAACACUUCUUUUGGUUCCGCAUUUUUUGAAAUUAUAACGAAGUCAGCUAUUGAAAGCAAAAGCAACAAAAAAAAGCGGUUUUUGUUUGUUUUUCAAGCUCAACGAAAAAAAAGAGGAAAAGAAAUCCGCUUCCAAUCAGCUGUUCCAAACAGCUGCCUGAGUGCGAGUGAGACAGCCUACCUGCGCGCCAAAAUAAAACAACAACAACAACAACAGUGGCACCGUGGUUUGAGACCUAGCUAAAUUGUAUAAAUCAAUUUAAAUAGUAAAAGGAAAUUAAAUUAAAUUUACAUAUAUUUGUUAAGUUUUUAAAUCGUUUACACUUAAUACGCGUGUGUCUAAAAUAAGUGAAAAAUAAAAAAAAAUAGUGCAAAAUGAGUGAUGUAACAGACGAUUCGGGCGGGGCAAGUGCCCCCCAACCAUCGCCAGUUACUCCGGAUCAGGACCCUGGAGUUCCGGCCUCCAAACUACCGGGUCCAACCCGAUCCAAUAUUCCCAUGCCCGCUACUUCAGGGACGGGGAUUCCCACGGUCACGCCCUCUGCUUUAGGGACCGGAAUCCCGCAGCCCAGCAAAAUAAAGGCACCAUCGCAAUUCGGCUCGACGGGCUCCGUUUCCAAAAUCGGAAGACCAUGCUGCAAUCACACAACCCCUAAAUCGGGACCACCACCUAGAGACACAGCCAGCAUGAGUCGUGAAAGCGAUGACAAUUUAAGUUCGAUCAAUUCGGCUUAUACAGAUCUCUAUCAAGAGACUGUCAGGCGCUUUACGCGAUCUUCGCUAUCACCCACAUCCGAUUGGGACCGCUUUUCGCCCGCUAGACGCUCGCUAAAAUCGGAGACUGGAAGUCGCACAUCUUAUGAUUAUUAUCUAGAGGCCACUGGGCGACGUCGCAGCUCAGAUCACAACAGCGCCGUGCUGACAGCGAACACAGAGCAGUUCAUCAUUGGCCAGCGGGUGUGGCUCGGUGGCCUUCGACCCGGACAGAUUGCCUACAUUGGCGAGACACACUUUGCACCCGGCGAAUGGGCGGGCGUUGUCCUGGAUGAACCUAAUGGCAAAAACGAUGGCUGUGUGUCGGGCAAAAGAUACUUCCAGUGCGAGCCAAAACGCGGCAUUUUCUCACGCCUCACACGUCUUACCACAUAUCCGAUGUCCGGAGCCCAGACGCCGACUUCCCCGUUGGCCAAAAACUCCCCGGACAGAUCGCGCACAGUCUCCCCAACUGCGAGCAUUCGCAGCUCUAUGCUCCGCAGUCCCGGCAUUGGAGGCAAAAAUGGCAUGGCUGUGGGCGAUCGUGUGAUUGUCUCCUCUGGAUUUGGCAGUCGUCCGGGUAUUUUACGCUAUUUGGGCGAGACACAAUUCGCUCCCGGCAAUUGGUGCGGCGUGGAACUGGAUGAGCCUAGUGGCAAAAACGAUGGUGCUGUGGAUGAUAUAAGAUACUUCGAGUGCAAACCCAAAUACGGGGUGUUUGUACCCAUAGCGAAGGUUUCGCUGUCGCCGUCGUCGAAGAAAACGCGACUUUCGAGGACCGGAUCGCGGGAGUCCCUCACGUCGAUCGGCACCAUGAACAGCAUCGCCACCACGGCCACGUCGCGCAUGCGCAUGAAUGCUCAGCAGCGCAAGUCGAUCACACCAGUAAAGCCUAUUUUAGCGACGCCGAAAAGCCAAUUUUCCAUGCAGGAUCUGCUGCGCGAGAAGCAACAGCAUGUGGAGCAGCUGAUGGUGGAGCGCGACUUGGACCGCGAGGAUGCCCAGAAUCAGGCGCUGCAGCUGCAGAAGAACAUCAACGAGCUGAAGGCAAGAAUUGUUGAAUUGGAGUCGGCAUUGGGAGAUGAACGAAAGAAAUCGGAAGAGUUGCAAUUCUCCGUAGACGAGGCCCAGUUUUGUGGCGAUGAAAUAAAUGCUCAAUCGCAGGUCUACAAGGAAAAGAUACACGAUCUGGAGUCGAAAAUCACACAACUGGUAUCCGCCUCGCCAAGUCUGCAGAGCAUACCACCACCUGCCCCGCCCCCAGAUGAUAGCGCCCUUAAGGAGGAGAUUGCCCAGCUGCAGGAAAAGCUUAGCAUUCAGCAGAAGGAGACUGAGUCCCGGAUUGCCGAGCAGCUGGAGGAGGAGCAGCGCUUGAGGGAGAAUGUGAAGUACCUGCAGGAACAGAAUGCCACUCUUCAGUCUGAACUGGUGUCCAAGGAUGAGUCUCUGGAGAAAUUCUCCCUCUCGGAGUGUGGCAUUGAGAAUCUUCGCCGGGAACUGGCACUGCUCAAGGAGGAUAACGAAAAGCAAGCUGAGGAGGCUCAAGUUGCAUUCACUCAAAAGCUGGCCGAAAAAUCCGAAGAGCUGAAGAAAGUCACCGCCGAGUUGCAGAACAUGAAGGCAGCCUCUGAUUCUCUGGAAAGCGAAAGGGUUAACAAAAGCGAUGAAUGCGAGAUUCUUCAGACCGAAGUUCGAAUGCGGGAUGAACAGCUCAAGGAGAAAGAUCAACAACUCGAAGAACUGACCAUCCAAUUAAAUGUACAAAAAGCGGAUAAUUUGACUCUGGAUGAUAUGCUGCGACAGCAAAAGGCAGCAGGUGAUGAAAAAUCUUCUCUAUUAGAAAAAACCCUAGAGGAGCUAAAUCAAUUUAAAGAAGGCGCUGCGAAAAAUCAGCUGGAAAAAGAAAACCUUGAAAAGCAAUUAACAGAAAUAAAGCAAUUGGCGGAACAAGAAAAACUAGUCAGGGAAAAGGCUGAAAACGAAAUUAGUCAACUUAAAUUAGAAAAACUAUCGGUAGAGCAGCAAUUUGCCGUAAAGCAAGCUGAACUUGAAAACUCCCAAAAGAAACAGUCUGAAACAGAGAAAAAUCUUCAGGAAAACAAGGAGAUCAAUACCCAAAAGGAUAUUCAAAUAAAAGAGUUCAAGGAAUCACUUCAAAAACUGCAAAAACAACUGGAGGAGAAAAUACAAGCCCAGGAAAAACUCCUAACUGAUCUGAAAGAACUCAACAUAAAUCAGGAAACGAUUUUAAGCCAAAAGACGCAGGAAAUUCAAGAACUCCAGGCAAAGUCGACUGAAACCGAAGGGGCCCUUAAGUCCACUCAAAACCAAUUGGAACAACUCCAGCAACAGGCAGCCGCAUCUGGAGAAGAGGGUUCCAAGAAUUUGGCCAAACUGCAGGAGGAGAUAAGUCAGCUUAAGUCCCAGGCGGAGAAAACUCAAUCGGAUCUGAAAGCUAGCCAAUUGGAUGUGGAAGCCAAGACCAAACAACUGGAGUCAGCAAACGGAAGCCUGGAGGAGGAUGCCAAACAGUUGGCCAAUCUGCAGGAACAGAUGGCCAAACUUAAGUCCCAAAUGGAGGAGACGCAGUCAGCUCUCUGCUCAAGCAAUACGGAUUUGGAAUCCAGAACGAAGCAAGUUGAGGCAGCCAAUGCGGCUUUGGAGAAAGUUAACAAGGACUAUGCUGAGUCCCGAGCGGAGGCUUCUCGCCUACAAGAUCAGGUGAACGAGAUCACCGAUACUCUUCAAGCAGAGCUCCUGGCAGAACGAUCCUCUUCAAGCGACCUUCACACGAAACUGUCCAAGUUCUCGGAGGAAUUAGCCACUGGUCGAAAGGAAUUUACCAGCAAAGCAGUUGAGUGGACUCAGGAAAUGUUGCAGAAGGAGAAAGAAUUGCAGGAGCUUCGACAGCAGCUGCAAGAUAGUCAAGAUUCGCAAACAAAAUUAAAAGCAGAGAGUGAAAGAAAAGAGAAGUCUCUGGAAGAAUCUAUCAAGGAUCUCCAAGAACAAGUCGCUAGGGCAAAGGCGAAUAAUCAAGAGCUGAGCAGCGGCACUCAGGAAACCAUUAAAGAUCUGCAAGAGCGUUUGGAAAUCUCCAAUGCCGAGAUCCAGCACAAGGAGAAAAUGUCCGCCGAAGAUGCCCAGAAGAUAGCUGACCUUAAGACCCUUGUGGAAGCCAUCCAGGUGGCUAAUGCCAACAUAUCAGCCACCAAUGCAGAGCUCUCCACCGUCUUGGAAGUCCUUCAGGCGGAGAAAAGCGAAACGAAUCACAUAUUCGAGCUUUUCGAAAUGGAAGCGGAUAUGAAUUCCGAGCGGUUGAUUGAAAAACUCACUGGAAUGAAGGAGGAGCUGAAGGAAACGCAUAUUCAACUGGAUGAGCGACAGAAAAAGUUCGGGGAGUUGGAGGCGAAAUUAGAGCAAACUCAACAGAGUGAGCAAAGUUUGCAGCAAGAAUCCUUGACUGCCAAGGAGCAACUUAAAGAACUUCAACAGUCAUUGGAUGAACUUCAAGAUUCGCUAAAGCAAAAAGAGGAAAUGGUCCUGAGUUUGGAGGGUAAACUAAAGGAAACGAGUUCCAUUAUUGAAGGUCAAACUACUUCAUCACAGGAAGUACAAGUAAAACUAGAAGAAGCUCAAAGGAAUGAAAAGAAUUUACUCGAAGAAAGUGCCAAAUUAAAUGAGCAACUGCAAGAGUUACAAAAGACCCAGUCGGAACUCUCUGAAUCCCUCAAGCAAAAAGAAGAACUUGUACAGAAUUUAGAGGAUAAAUUAAAAGAAAGCAAUACUCACUCAGAAAUCCAAAGUAAUCUGUGGAAGGAAACCCAAGUUAAAUUGGAGGAGACCCAACAGCGGGAGAAAACUUUGCAGGAAGAGGCUGCCAAACUAUCCAGUGAACUUCAACAAGUGCAGCAGGCAAAUGGAGAAGUUAAUGAUUCCCUAGUUAAAGUGGAAGGACUGGUGAAGGUUUUCGAGGAAAAACUCGAAGCAGCCCAUUCUCAUUUGGAAGUUCAACAGGCCACAAACAAAGAACUCCAGGAGUUGCUGGCCAAGGCGAAGGAGAGCGAAGGAAACCUACAAGGAGAAUCUUUGGCAGUCACCGAGCAACUACGUCAGCUCCAGCAAGCCAAUGGAGAGCUUCAGGAAUCACUGUUAAAAAAAGAUGAAAACCUUAAAAGCCUUGAAGCCAAACUUCAAGAAAGUAGUACUCUACUGGAAGACCGAAACAAGAGCCACAACGAACUCCAGGAUAAGUUUGAACAGGCCCAGCAAAAGGAGAGGAGCCUGCAAGAGGAACUCUCCCAGUUAACUGAGCAACUAAGCCAACUAAAGCAGGCUAAUGAGGAGCUACAAAAGUCCCUUCAACAGAAACAAUCGCUUUUGGAAAAGGGCAACGAAUUCGACACGCAGCUGGCGGAGUACCAGAAAGUCAUCGAUGAAAUGGAUGAUUCGGCCUCCGCUAAGUCCAAGCUGCUGGAGCAGCUCCAAAAUCGAGUUGUGGAACUGGAGGCCGCACUCCAACAAGCCAACGAAGCCCAAAAGACUGCCCAUCUGGAGACCAAGGAGCUGAGACGCCAGCUGGAAUCGCUUGAAUUGGAGAAGUCCAAGGAGAUUUUGAUCCUCAAGACGCAAGUGAAUGGAGCGGGAAGCCGGUCAGGAAAGGGAGAUGAACUGGAGUCACUGGACACCGAAACAAGUCUGGCCAAGAUCAACUUUCUAAACUCAAUCAUUGCGGACAUGCAGCAAAAGAAUGAUGCACUCAAGUCCAAAGUGCAGACUCUGGAAACCUUGCCAAUGGACUUUACCAAGCCAAAUGCCUUUGAUGUUCUGACAAAGCGAAAACCGGCGCCCAGACUUUUCUGCGACAUCUGCGAUGAGUUUGACAAACACGAGACGGAGGAUUGUCCAAUCCAGGCUAGCGAGGAUCGGGAUUACUCACCGCCACCGUCCGAGGCCAAUAACAACGAGAAGGAGCGCAAGUUGCCAGCGCCCAGAAAAUACUGCGAUUCUUGCGAGGUCUUUGGCCACGACACGAGCGAAUGCGCCGAUGAUGAAACCUUUUAGGUCUAGAUAAAUUCUAAAUUAUAUUUUACUGUGUUUUUGAUUCUUUAGCAUAACCGUAUGGCGAGAUCGAUCAGAUGAGAUAACUUGUACCUCAGCAGAGCUUCACUCAAUCACUAAAAAACACCAACAUUCUUUAUUUAAAAUCGUGAUCUUGCGUUAUGCACAUAUUCUUGGAUAAUAGUCUAUUUUAAAUUGUUUUUAUUUAUUUAAUGCGAUUCGUGGCAAACACAAUCGGUUGUUUUCGUAAUUUUUGAAUGUAAACAUAGUGUAAAAAUAAAAAAUAAGAAUGUGGAAGAAGA